AUGGCGGAGUCUCGGGUUCUUUACCGCGAGUUCAAGGCGCUCAAGCGUCGAGAGGGUGAGCUCUUUGACAACUUGACCAUGUGUAGCGAAGACCUCGGCGUGUGGAGGUUUGAGCUGAGAUCUCAUCACUUCGAUCCGGGUGCCAUUGGCACGAGAGAGUUGAAGAAUGAUCUGAAGAAGCUCAAUAAUCGUCACAACGUCGAUCACAUACUCGUCGAGUGCUCGUUCAGACUUAACGGCUCGGCUCCGUUUCCGACGUGCCCGCCGCUCAUUCGAGUCGUACGGCCGCGCAUGAAAUGGUACACGGGCCACGUGACCUCUGGCGGAUCAUUUUGCACCGAAAUGCUCGUCAAUACGAAAGGUUUGAAUGGCUGGCGUUCGAAUUAUCGCAUUGAGGCCGUUAUUCAGGCACUCGUGAUCUCCGCGGUGCACUGCCCCGCAAUUGUGAUCUCAACGCCGUACAAUGGUAGGCAAGUGAGCGGACCUCUACGCGUUGAUCUCAGCUGUGAGUACACGGAUAACGUCCUGCGAGAGUAUUCUGAAUAUGAAGCUGUAUCUGCGUUUACUCGCGCAGAGGCGCACCAUCGUCGACAGGGAUGGUGA